AUGACCUCAACGCCGGGGAGCUUCGGCGGAACGCUGGCUAACUCUGGACCGGUCGCGCUCUCGUUCCCGACCACCACCUUCGCCAACUUCCUGGGCGGCGGUGGUUCAGCUUCAGGCGGAGCGGACAACGGGGGAGUCGGGCUGUCCAAGUUCAAGGCCAUGACCCCGCCUUCCCUCCCGCUGUCGCACCCGCCGGCGUCGCCGUCGUCCUACCUCCACGCGUUCUCCGGCAUCCUCGACUCGCCGAUCCUCCUCACUCCCAGCUUGUUCCCGUCGCCGACGACGGGCGCGAUCCCGUCAGAGCCCUUCAACUGGAUGGGGACGUCGGAGAGCCUAAGCGGCAGCGUAAAGACCGAGCAGCGGCAGUACACCGACUUCACGUUCCAGACGGCGGCGUCCGCACCGGCGACGUCGACGAUGACCGGUGCAGCGCACACGGCGUCCUUUCCGCAGUCAUCCGUGCUGAUGGCGCCAUUGGGACGAGUAGGAGACUCGUACAACGGCGGCGAGAUGCAGCAGCAGCAGCAGCCAUGGACCUACCAGGAAAUGACUGCGCAAUUCGAGGCGCCGGCGGCGCAGCCUGACAACAUGCUCGGCAACGGCGGCUACAGCGCGGCUCCCGUGGCGGUAUCCGGCUUCCGCGAGCAGAGCCAGAGCCACCGGCCUUCGUCGGACGACGGGUACAACUGGCGCAAGUACGGGCAGAAGCAGAUGAAGGGGAGCGAGAACCCGCGCAGCUACUACAAGUGCAGCUUCCCGGGCUGCCCCACCAAGAAGAAGGUGGAGCGGUCGCCGGACGGGCAGGUCACGGAGAUCGUGUACAAGGGCACGCACAACCACCCGAAGCCGCAGAGCACCCGCGCCCGGAGCGCCAGCUCGGCGCCGGCGGCGUCGUACGUGCUGCAGAGCGCCGGCGACGCGGUGCCCGAGCAUUCCUUCGGCGCGCUGUCCGGCACACCCGUGGCCACGCCCGAGAACUCGUCGGGCUCAUUCGGCGGCGACGACGAGAUCAACGGCGUCAGCUCGCGGUUGGCCGGUAACUUCGGCACGGACGAUCUCGACGACGAUGAACCCGACUCCAAGAGAUGGAGGAAAGAUGGUGGCGACGGCGACGCAGGGGUCUCGGUGGCCGGUAACAACCGGACGGUGCGGGAGCCGAGGGUCGUCGUGCAAACGAUGAGUGACAUCGACGUCCUGGACGACGGCUACCGGUGGCGCAAGUACGGGCAGAAGGUCGUCAAGGGCAACCCGAACCCGAGGAGCUACUACAAGUGCACGACGGCCGGGUGCCCGCGCUCGUUUACUCUACCGCGCGCCGCGCUGGCGGCGCAUCAGAUGCAGCAGCAGGCCGGGAGCUACCAGCAGGGCAGCCUCGUCCGGACCGCCGAUGGGUUCGGCUUCGGGGCCGGCGGCGGCCACGGCGCGCCGAUGCAGGCCGCCGAGAGAGGCUUCGCCUUGUCCGGGUUCGGCGACGCGGCGGUGGGCACGGCGUACUCUUACACGAGCCACCACCAGCAACAGCACCAGCAGACGAACGAGGCGAUGUACUACGCCAAGGACGAGCCACGAGACGACAUGUCGUUUUUCGAGCAGCCGCUCCUGUUCUGA